AUGUCUUUCAAAAUGCAGUCUAGUGAAAACAUGGUGUAUUCUCCGUGUUUCUGUGGGGAGGGUAAACGGUGUGCGGAACGGCCGGCUACAAACAACAGCAGAGAGACUAAUAUAAGUAGAGAAUCACAAAUGAGGGCCGCCAUUAACCAGAAGUUAAUCGAGAUGGGUGAGAGGGAGAGGUUAAAGGAGUUGCUUCGAGCCAAGCUUAUCGAGUGUGGCUGGAGAGAUCAGCUCAAAGCCCUCUGCAAAGAGGUGAUCAAGGAGAAAGGAAUAGAGAAUGUUACUGUAGAAGACUUGGUCGCUGGAGUUACUCCCAAAGGAAGAGCACUGGUGCCUGACAGUGUAAAGAAGGAGCUCCUGCAGAGAAUAAGAGCCUUUCUCGCCCAGCACUCGACAUGAUGCUCAGCAUUUCUAAGAAUACUCUGAGAGUAUGUCAUUUUUGUAUUGACAUUGUCAAUAGCAAUGCUGUAAGUUGAACUCUUUUCAUGGUGUGAUUUCACUCUUCAUUGUGUAUUUUUGUUACUGCCAAUAAAGGUUGAUCAUGUUUGUAAAUACA